UUUUCUUCCCUCCUUUUAUUCUAUAUUUGUAGCGAAUAUAUAAAGAGAAGCAACAUGUGGCGAAGUUCAUUGCUUCCCCUUUCUUACUUAACUGCUACUUCUUUCUCUUCUGGUUUUGAGUUAGAGGAAGAGGAUAAGAAUAUGGAAGGUAUCUCAGGGGGGUUGAAGAAGUACUGGAGGAGAAGCAUAAGGGGAUACCAGAGAUUGCAUGGGUUGGAAGGGCGUGAGAGAGAAACGGUUCAGCUUGGAGAGAAGCGAAGAAGAAGGAGAUGGCGCAUAAAGAUCAAUCCCAAGAUGAAAAUCCGCAAAAUCUCUUCCCCGAAGAAGUUGGUGCUGUGGGUCAGAGACGCCUACAUGAGGAUGAUGCUGGGUCUCGCGAGCUCCACCGCUGCCUCUGCCGUCGGCUACGGCGGCGGCGGCUCCACCUCCGCCAACGGUGUCUUCGAUAGGGGCCCACCGCCGAAGGAGUACGACCAGAAGAUGAUCGUUCAUAUGUACAAGACAUUGAUUAUGGCACAGGGACAGUUGCUGCCCCGAGAUCCAACACCCAACCGUCUCACCACAAUGGUUACCACCAUCUUAUGAUUUCUUUUUAAUUACAACAACAACAUGUUUUAUCUUUAUUUCGUUUUUAAGGAUUUGUAUGGAAAUACUAUAAUUGGAAAAACAAAAUCUACUUUUACAGUU